AUGGAAAACUUAGCUAAACAAAAAGAGCAGAUUGAAAGAGAACUUAAAGAAUAUAAAGAAAACUACAACACAUUAAUUAAUAUUGAAAAUGAAGCCAAAGAAAGGCUAGAAGCACUAAAAUGUAACAAAUAUUAUUUAUCUGAUCAAUAUGAAGCACUAAAGGAAAAACUUAAACAGAAGAAAGCUUUAUUUGUUAAAUUAAAAUCAUUAAUAAAAGAAUAUAAACAGCAUAAAUACAAGGACAUAGAAGAAAUUUAUAAAACCAAGUACAAUAAUAUUAUUGAAAAUAUAAAUUCUUUACAUUGGAAUUUUAAUUUACAAAUUUUUUCUUCAUUUGAAAGUUUAAAUGGAUUGUUGAAAGAAGCAGAAUCUUUUAAAAAUUUAAAGAAUGAAAUUAAGUUAUUGCAACAUCGUAAAAAUGAACAUUUAAAAGCACUUCUAAUUGAAGAAAUAUCUAAAACUAGGGAUAUACAUAAUAUGAUUUAUUUAAUUAAGUUUGUACAAAAAUAUGAAAUAUUUUUUAAUGAGAAAUUAUUUUUGACAUGCAUGAAAAAAUUUAUCUCACAAAGAUAUAAAUAUCAUUUUUUAAGUGAUAGUGAGACAAAUAGGCUUGAUAAAGCUGAAUGGAUUUUUAAUUUUUUGGAUAAAAAACUUAAAGAAGUUUGUAAAUUUCUGACGAUAUACAAUACAUCUGAGAAUAAAGUUGAACCUGUGGAGUACCAGGAUUUUUUAGAAAAUAUUAUUAAAACUAUUAUUAAGUUGAUUAAUAAGCGAAUUAAAGAAAUAGAAGAAAUAGACAGCAAACAAAAGAGAAAUUUAAUUCUAAAUUUUAAUUAUUUUUUAAGCUUAUUUAUUAAUAAGAUAGCUAAAGAAUAUAAUGUAAAUCUUGAAACUUAUUUUUCUUCUUUUGAAAAUGAAAUAGUGAACCAAGAAAAAAAGAAUAUUUUAUUUAAAGUUCAGGAUAUUCACAAACAUGAUUAUACUAGUUGGUUCAGUGAAUACGAAGAAGUAUUUAAGGAAAUUUUAGAUCUUAACAAAAAACAAGUAAAAGUUGAUGUAAAUUUCUUUAUAGAUCAUAUUUUAGAUUUUAACUUGGUAUUUAUCGACAGUAUGAGAUAUAUUAAUAGGAAAGAAAUACACGUAUUAUUAUACAUAUUUAAUAUGUUUGAAACUUUUAAAGAGACGGUACAGUUUUUACUUGAAGAGUUUUAUCAGGAAAAUGGUAUUGAUACAGAAGAUAAGAUUGACGAGAUUUUAAUAAAAAUUUCUAAAUUUAAUUUGGAAAACUUUAAAUUAAUUAAGACAUUGUUUGAGAACGAUAUAAAUAAUAUAAUCAAUCUAAAGUUUUAUUUUAUAAAUGAUUUAUAUAAGAUCUUUGAGGAUUAUAAAAUUUGCAAAGGAUUUAAUAAAUUAAAAGAUCUUGCUUCAAAUAUGAUCGAUAAGUAUUUAUUUAAUACAUUGGCACAUAAGCCCUUAGACAGACAGGAAUAUUCAAAUUAUUUAAAUUUGUUUAAAAAAUUGAAAGAAUAUUUUGAUGUUAAAAAAUGGGAUAGUAGGGAAUGUAUGAAAUGUAUUAAAGGGAUUUUUGAAAAUAAAAAUGUAGACAACAAAUUUUCAAAAUUUAUACGUGAUUUAUAUUUACAAUAA